GAGCAGUGUCUGUAAUAGUACAGGCAAAAAGUAGGGUAAGGUACUCUAUCCUUCAUUAGUUUUGUCAACUUCAUGGCGUUGUGGUUACUGUUUCCCGUAUUGGUUAUAUUAGGAUAUCUAUUCAGGCGUCUAGAUUAUAUGUUCUCUUGACAUUUGGAUAAUUAAAAUUUCAAUUAAUACUUGUCAACACUUCCUCUCCUGAAAAAUAGAAAUGACCAGUAAACAAGAGAGAGAAGAGCGCGAAGAAGUGUACCAAAACAGGAUAAUUUAUUCACUGCCAGUACAUUUAGGAUUGUGGAAUGAGGAGCUUGCCCUUCGAGAUGAAAAAACUAUUAUAGCUGCUUAUAAAAGAGAUCACUGCCAACUGCUAAUUCAAAAAACUAGAAAAAUGUUCAGAAACGUGUUAAAACCAACAGUUUUAGCUAUUGAAGCUCCUUACGUUUUAUAUGGCCAAAACUACCAACUUAAGGCUUGUGAUGUUACGGUUUCCAACACUAAUAAGGAGUCAUCUGGUUUGAAUUUAUCAGGAGUUAUCAAUGAAAGAGACAUAGAUGUUGUCCAACAUUUCAUACACGGUUGUAGUUUAUCAGCAUCUCCCGUUGGUGUACCCUGUGUACGAAAUACUUUUAGAGUAAUGGGUUGCAAAGCUGAUGACAAGGAUGGUCAGCAAGUUUUCUAUGGUCAAGAUGUACUACUACAAAUAUCUGAAAGUAGUGGCCGUCCUCUAUAUUUACAAUGUGAAAAUUCCACAAUCGACACCUUUGGGGGCCAUCUAUCGGUGAGAUUAUCACAGAGUCCAGAUAUUUAUUGCAGGUUCAAAUUUCUCCAUUGGAAUCCACAAAAACGUUAUGAAACUAUCGGUACAACCUUUGCUCCAAAUACCAGAGUAAUCAUACAGCACACUGCAUCAGGCAGAAAUUUAUCUGUGGAACCAUCCCACUGGAUACCAUCUUUCUACGGACCUGAAUGCAUGGUUAGCUGCCACACUUACAGAGAUUCACACAAAAUGGAAACUGCAGAGAACUUUUGGAAAAUUAUCACUAGACCAAUCUCAGAUACAGCUUUGUACCUCAGGGCUGCAAAAGGCGAAGAUAUACCUCUGGAGUUAUUUGAAUAAAAUGAUCGACGAAAAAAAAAUCAUUUAUUUUAUACAAACAUUGCAGGCACAAAAAAAACCAAACAUGUUUAAUGGCGAGAUGAAGAUAAUUUGUGCCCUAUAAAUUAUUAAAAGUUUUGAGAGAACGUAAAAAUUACAAUCUCUUUUAAGAGUUGAAAUAAAAAAUUUCCA